AUGAAGACCCAGAAGACUCGAGGUGUUGAAGCGUCAUCCCCCUGCAAACGAAAGCGUCGCUUCACGCUGCGCAGCAGGAAGAAGAAGGACCAUGUGAUCCGAGGAAAGCUCCGUAUGCGCUCGAUGCCCGGAGCUUUCCUGGUGCUGGGGGUCAUCGUAGUCGUGGUUGGCACCGCCCUGGCUGUGGCGGGAUACUGGCCCUACAGACUAUCCAGAGCAUCCAUCCUGGGACCUUCAGAUGGGGAAGGGUUUUCUGAGUCACAGAGUUCUGGGUGGAGUCUAGGUGCGAAGGGCCUUCUUUCCACGGCGAACCUCAUCCACAGCGAGAGGAUGAAGCUGCUGGGUCCCGUCAUCAUGGGGGUGGGACUCUUUAUCCUCAUUUGUGCGAACACGGUCCUGUAUGAGAACCGGGACAGAGAGACCCAAAUGCUGCUGGCUCAGAUGCGGAGUGUGAUCUGCUCAGUGUCGGCGGCGGUGCCCUCUGCUGACCUGACGGAGAUCGCCGCUGCCAACUCGAUGGCCAAACACUACCAGUGGGUGAGCAGUCUACCUGCCGCUCACCUCAACAUCCUGUGUCUGCAGCAGCUGGCCAGCUCUGAGCCUCUGCUGCAGACCAGGACCCCCACAGACCAGGAGGACGGUAUAGAGGGCAUCUACCAGCAGGCCGUCCUCCACCACCAAGAAUCAGAUCACCCGCCCUCCCUCCACUCCUCCCAAUCCGACUCCUGCAACUCCAGUCAGACUGACUUUAACACACAGGCUGGAGCUGAGCAGGAGGACAGCACCAGCAGUCACCCGCACCCCCCCGCCUACGUCAAACUCAACAACUGCCUCCAGUCGGCCAGCUCCAUGUCCACGCUGGAGCUGGAGGAGGUGGAGGUCCCGGUGACCCAGCCGAGGCGCUGCCAGAGCAUGAGCUACAGGACUAAACCUUACAACUCUCAGAGAGGUGUGCGUCUGACAGAGAGAUGUCAAACACCGCGGAGAGAGGAGGAAGACGGGGAGGAGGGGGGAGGAGUCAUGAGGAGAGAGGCGGGGUCGCAAGUUUGUAUCAACAUCCCCCGGCAGGUUUUAGAAACCGCAGAGGAGCAGACACACCGGAGCUGGCCCCGGUUAGACCUGGGCUGCGGGAGACGGUACCUGAAACUGGAGAAUAAAGAGGACUCAGUGGACAAACUGCUGGACCAGUUAGAGCAGCAGUGCUCCCAGUGGGAUAAGAGUUUUGGAUCUGGGCCUUUCCAGUGA